AUUCAUCGAACUAUACAGCUUCUUGGUGGAAUAAGUAUAGGAAGUUUUGGUGCUGCAGCAUUAGCAGUAGCUGGAUUAGCACUUUAUUGUUUAGUAUUUAUACAAUUAGCAAUUGGAUUAAUUUCAAUAUGGAGUCAAGCAUCUUUAGUAUCAGUAAAUUUAGGAUAUCCUAGAUUUUUUAAAAGAACUCAUAAGUUUUUAGGGAUCUCUUUGUUAAUUGUUUCAUGGAUUAAUAUUUACCUUGGCAUGGUUACCUAUAGUUUAUCAUAUGGAAAGGAUUUGUCACGUUAUAAAGUAUUAUAUAUUGUUUGGAUAAUUUUCAUCAUACUAAUAUUUGUAAAUUAUGAAUAUUUAUUUAAUUUAAAAAAUCUUAAAUUUUCAAAAUAUAUUAAAUUCAACAAUAAUAAUAAUCAUGAAAGUGAAUGUGAGGAGGAUAGCAGUGGUAAUCAAAGAACAAAAAAUUUUAUAAUUAAAUGUCUUGGUGAUGAAAAAUGUAAUAUAUUACCAGAGUUAACAUUGGAUGAAUUUAAUGAUAAAGUUCAAAGAGGU